GAGGAGCACUACCGUAAACUUUUCAGUGGAUUCAUCAUGAAGGAUGGGUUGACCAAACAGGAAUUUGUGAAUUUCUUGAACAGUUGCAGGGAAGAGGCUGCUGAAUUGAGAGAAACUCUACAGACCUUGGGGAAGAGAGAGUUGGAUGCAGGAAUGAUUCCAAAACAGGAAAGCAACUAG